GGCUGAAUAUAUAUUUUCUUUUGGAAACUUCUAGGGGGUAACGUUAUUGGGUAAUAUUUAAAAUAUAAGCUCUAGUUUUUAAACACAACUACUGACCACUACUGACGACAGAUUCAGAGUCCCAAUGUGAUAUUUUUCAUAACAACUAAGCUGAAGGAUGAAGAAGAAUGGGGGAAAUGAAGACGUCAUCCUGCGGCCCACAAUUGAGUGGACAAGCAACAAGCCGGAUUCCAUCAAUCAUGAAUAUGUGGAGUAUGGACUGAGGGAGGCUGUGCGCUCAGUUUUUGGGGAGUUUGGCGCGUGCUCGCCGCUCUCCGUUACUUCCUACGACGUCUCGGCGGGCCGGUCUAUCGUCUCCGUGCCGGCGGACUUCGCACGCCGCGUGGCUGCCGCCCUCACCCUGGCCACCGAGCUGCUGGGCUCGCCCUGUGUCAUCCACGUGCACGGCGAGUCGCCCCACCAGCCGACGUCGAGACGGUACUUCGCCUGAAGGUGGCGCUAGCUGUAACCUGUGAUACGCCCGGCUCGGUGAUGGCACACCGAUCGGCGAGGUGGCGGUGCCAUGUCCGGCCCAGGAAACCCACAGAGGUGCGGUGAUGGUCGGUAGUGUGACAAGUGCGUCCUCUGAGCCGCCGGGGUUCACACCAGACCCGAUAGUGGCCUGCUGCGCUCCGACGGCGAUCGGCAGUCACCAAGUGACCGUUCACACGUGACUGAUGUGAUACGGCGGACUGCUGGACACCAUAUGCCAGGUGGGAAUGUCGCUCACACAGAUCGUGACUCAUCGCAACAUGUGUUGAAUCGAGGUGACGGAACACGAUAAUUUCACACCAUCAUUACUGCUUUUCAGCAUUUAGAUGUUUCAUUCAUGUACCUAUGUUGAUAUGCCAAUAUAUUUAAUGCUCUGAA